AUGUUGAAUAGGUAUUUUCUAACUUUUAUAUUUCUGGCUGAAUUCAAAUGAUAAUAUAGGGGGAAUUUGUAGAAAAAUGGAUGAUAGCUACGAUGAGACACAGUGCUACUUUAGUCGUACAUUGCAAGAAUCUGAAGGUGGAAAACAAAAGUCGACUGGUUUAGCAGCUAUCGAAACUCUUAUGAUGCGGUUGGGAAAGUCUAAAGGUGCGUGGUGUAGUAAAUUGCAUUUUAUACUGUUAGUUAUGCAUGAUAGGUGUAAUUUACAAAUCUGAAGUUUGGUUAAAGAAGUAGAUUACUGUCAAAUUUUAUUAUUUUUUUUUAUUUCUACCGUUUUGGCUAGUAAGUGCUGAUAAAACGUAACAAUAAAAUAAAUUAUGAAAAGACGGUCACGUAUAUUUGCUUUUAGCUACGACAGUUCGAGGUCUUACUGAGGAUUUAGACAAUGCAGUUAACGCCAUGUUGGACACGGAUUACAGUGCCGCUUCCAUCCAAAGUGCUUCAGAGUUGUUCUUGAGGUUCAUAUCACUGAUUAGCGUCGAGCAGUUAGACGAUCCCAACUUUGAAAAGCUGAUGCAGACUUACAAGGAGAGGGGCGCGUUGUUUAUAAAGCGUAUUUCCAUGUCGCGUCGUAUGAUUGCCGAGUUCUCGGUUCGGUUCAUUCAACAUAACGUGGUGAGUAAUUUAACUUAAUUAGAGGUGUUUUAAAUUUUAUAUAAGGACACAAAUUGACUAAUUAUGUUUCUAGAAGGUUCUAGUACACUCAUUCAGUCAAGUGGUACUUGGUGCUCUUUUGGCUGCGAAGAAAUGUGGCAACGAUUUUCAAGUUUUUGUGACAGAAAGUCAGCCAGAUGCCUCAGGGAAGAAGAUGAUCGAGGAGUUGAAGAAGGCUGACAUUGAUGCUACACUAGUACUUGAUAGUGCUACUGGCUAUCUGAUGGAGAGGAUUGACUUGGUUUUACUGGGAGCGGAAGGUGUCAUGGAGACUGGCGGCAUUAUUAAUAAGGUAGCUUGUGGGCGUUAUUAUUCUUUUCAUAUAAUUUACAGUUUCUAUUUGUAUCUGUAGUACUAAAAUAGUGUUAACUUUGAGUUAUGUUCUUUAAUAGUAGUCAUUUUUAGAUUGGAUCUCUUGGUAUUUCAAUCUGUGCUCAUACCAUGAACAAGCCAGUAUAUGUUUUGGCAGAAAGUAUCAAGUUUGUGAAAGAGUACCCGUUGAAUCAGAGUGAUAUCCCAAACAAGUUUAAGUACCGUGCCUCGACCUUGAAGAAACUUGAACUACUGAAGCACGAACAUCCAUUGACCGACUACACCCCUCCGGAGUACAUUCACCUACUGGUGACUGAUCUCGGUAUCUUCACUCCAGCUGCUGUUGGAGACGAGCUGAUUAAGCUUUAUACCUAA